AUGCCGGUCCGUGACGUAGGUGGGAAUCAGCGGAGGUUACGGAGGCUCCCGUGGCGAGGCGGAGGUGCGUGCGGCGGACUCCCGCGGAUUUCGCGCCAGUUACCGACCCGAGUUCCCACGUGCCGGCCGUGCCACUCGCGGUUCCUCAAUCCUCGCGUGUUUCGCCGAAAUCCCCCGACCGACCCGUAUCCCAGUGCUAGCCGUGAUGUGAAUCCUCCUGGAGUACUAUUUUGUGUUAUAAGUGUUGUUUUCAGCCAUCUCACGCCUUCCGGUCUAAUUACAGAGACGUCGGGAAGCAGAGUGGGGGAAAAAUCGUGGCAUCGCGCUGAAGGAGUGAAUGACGAAACUUCCGAAAUAAAAGCCGGCCGAGGCAAUGAUUACCGUAUCGAAGCGCGUAUGAAGAAGGAUACAUUCUCCUUCGGACGUAGUCGACUUACCGUAUUACCGUAAUUUACGGAUAAAGUACAGAUAUCUCUCUAUCCUUUAGACGACUAAGUGUAUUGACACAGGCUUUGCGAUUGCCACAAAACUACCAUCAUCGCAUCAACCUGAGUGAAUAGCAUGCGGAUACUGCUCAUCAUCUGAAAUUUCCGCAAACGAAUACAGUUGAGAAUUUGUCGUUGAUUUUCAAUUAUUCGUAGAGUCAAAUAGAGUAAAUUCCUAAUUCUCUGUACUUUUGUGAGAAUUCUUUAAACUUCAUGCUAUUUAAAGACAUGGAUUUACAGAAUACGUUCUUGAAACUGAAGUUGUUCUCUAAAAAUAACCACCAUCAGAAUGUUGUUUGCCAACACGCUGGUUGAUACACAAGAGUUAUCAAAUUCAUUAAGAAAUCCAAAGUAUACAUUUUUGAAUAAAUCAAAUUGAAUGAUCAAUAAUCACUGAAUAUAAGUUCACUUCGGUAAAAUUAUGGAGGUAUCAUCGAUUUCACGCCAUCUUGCGGGACUCUCUACAUCUUUAGUUGAAAAUUCUAGUCCCGGCAAACGGACUAAUACUCAAAGAUGAUUGCUACGAUAUAAAACCAGAUCUGAAAGUUUCAGGGUCACAAUUUAUCAAUCGAAUCGUGCAAAAUUUAAACCAUUUUGCAUCGAAAGUUAAGAAUACCAGCGGACAACAUCUAAUACGUCGAACUUUAGAUUCUGAGUCAGCAAUAAAAAUGACCGAAUGAUAUUCGUAAAAUUCGAAUUGAAUUAUUUAGACUAAAUCUAGUGAUGAUCAGAUGAUUAAACACCAUCCCAAGCAUACAUUUACAGGACAAAUAAGAACAAGAUCCCUUACGCUCUAAAAAUCAGCAGGAAACGCAUUCUAAAUUUACCAAAGAAGUUUGAAAUAAUCAGUGAAGCUAUUUUGUGAAUAAAUAUCAAAGGAAACUGACAUUCUCGCUCUAUACUUAAGAGUUACCUAAUCGUCGUUGCGGAUAAAGCCCGUGAGCUAGGAAUAAAGAAACUAUCAGCGACAUGAUCCAACAGAUGGUCUAAAAAAUAUCAUUCGACUUGAAGCUCCUUCCAGUGAGCAGAAAUACUAUUCCUCACACCAUAUUUCAACUGGAAACACUUUGAAUGAACGAGU